AUGGCCAUUGAGACCAAGCACAAAAAGACUUCCACAGCGGCCAAGGACCCUCUCACGGACGGAAGUCCUUCUAUACCAAACCAAGAUACUGGAUCGCAAAAUCAAGAUGUCUCAGAUCCCAAAGCUCCUACAAAGGCAGCCACGAAACCCACUUAUACUGAAACAGACUUGGAUGACAUGAUAGCGGCAUGCAGUCCAGCUUCUGGGGUCACAUUUCCUCUACAGGUAUCUUCGCUUUUAGAAUCUACCAGUCUUCCUCACAAUAAAAGUCUAGAACUCGUCGAUCUCCUCGGUACUCUAAGAUCGCAUUUACUUUCUAUUCCAACAAUAGAAAAAACUUCACUUGAGGAUUCAAGAAAAAGAUUACAAACAUUAGGUAUCGGUUUACCUUUUGAAGAUCCAAAGGAAACUGUACAAUGGAGUUUUACUUUCAAAGCGCCUCAAGAUAUCAAAGUCGUUGGUAGUUGGAUCAUGCAAACUGGUGUCAAGCUUGCCAAAGGUAAGGGGCGGUUCAAUUGUAUAGAUUUGAUGGUUGAAAUGCCCGGUGAUAUAUUGCAAGAAAAGGACUACUUAUCGAACCGAUACUUUCAUAAACGGGCUCAUUAUCUAGCGUACUUGGCCGUCUCCUUGUCAUCAUCAUCAUUUGCAGGCCACUUCGAUAUGUCAUAUGUCAAUCUACAUAAUGACGCAUCCAAGCCAAUUUUGUUACUCAAGCCAAAUGGAGCUAUGCCAUCCGCAAACUUUAGACCUUCGAUCAGAUUGAUCCCAUCAUACCCCAGCACAGUCUUUUCACCCGCGAGACUAUCUCCUACACGAGCAAAUCUCAAACCUCCACAGAAACCUACACCACGCUACAAUCAAUCCGUGCUACUUGACAGCACAUCUAUUCACUUUGCUCAUCUUUCAUAUUUUAGUGAACUUGGCACAAAUCAUUCAGCGUUUUGUAAAAACAUGUCGAUUGAUGAAACUUCGUUACCCGAUCCUCCUUUGAUUUUCGGGUAUGAAAGAUUUGGUUGGCUGAUUAGUUUCUUGGUAGCUCAUGUUUUGGUUGGAGAAGAUGAAAAUGGAAAAAAGCGAGCUCAACCUAUGUCUUCUGUUGGAUCUGAUGCGACAGUCUUGUUUCGACAAGUGAUUGAAUGGAUAGCCAAAUGGAAAUCGAAUUCAUUAGUCAGAAUGAGGCCGAUCGAUGGAUCUAGUGCGUUUGUAGAUGAGGGUGAAUUUGCUGGCACCGGUGACGUUCUCAUUGAUCCUACUGGACAGAUCAACCUUUUGGCAAAUAUACCGUCAGGCGCUCUUCAGCUGCUUUCACCUCGGGAUACGAAACGAAUUUGUCAAGAUUUAGAAGGAAAACAUACAAAUGAGGCACUUUUUGCAAUUUCUGAAAUAAUCAACAAGGCCUGUGGAGAUCGCUUGUCUGGAUUCGGCUUUUUAAUCAAUGAUUUACAACAUACGAGAUCAAUAGAGGGUGGGUCCAACGCGUCUACUACAGCGGAUAAUGUAACUUUGAAGCUCGGUGUGAUUUUAAAUCCUGCUCAGGCUUUCAAUGUCAUUACCCACGGCCAUUCUCCGGAUACAUCACCGAUAGAAGCCGCGGCUUUUCGAGAAUUCUGGGGUGAUAAAUGUGAUUUGAGACGAUUUCAAGAUGGUACGAUCGAAGAAUGUGUUAGUUGGGAAGUAUCUGAUCCACUAGAACGACUCAAGAUUGUACAGCAAAUCAUUCGUUGGGUUUUGAGCAAGAAAUUAGGAUUUGCCGAUCAAAAGGAACAAGUCAUAUCGGAUUUUAUUGGUACAUUCGAUAAUUUGAUUGUAGAGCAUCCUCAUUACGUAGAGAAGAUAUACGAAAAGGACCCUAAAUGCUUAGGAUUCACCAAUGUCAUCAAAGCUUUUAACGAGUUUGUAAAAGAUUUGAAGGAGUUGAACAAGGACGAUUUCUUACCACUUUCAAUCACUUCAGUACAGCCAACUUCAGAGCAUCUUCGAUACUCAUCCGUCUUCAUACCUGGCCCACGAAAAAUGAAAGGAUAUAGAUAUCAAGCUGAUGCUUCAAAGUAUAUACCAGGAAUGACAUGCCAAGUAAAAUUCGAAAGUUCAGGUAAAUGGCCGGAAGAUUUAGAAGCUAUUCAAAAAAUCAAAGCGGCACUAUUGGCUAAGAUCUCGGAAGGAAUGAUUCGAAAUAAACAUGUGAUCAAGUCUGAGAUUGUCUUUGACCCUGAUGCAUUACCAAUUAGUGAUAAUGUAGCAUUAGAAGUCUUACAUUCAACGGGAUACGCAUUUGUACUUUCGAUAUGUUACGAACGAGAAGAAAUGUUACAAGCCAAAGCUGUGGCUGAUAGUAAAUCAGCAGGUGAAGGUGAAUCACCUAUGGCUCUAGAAGCAUUAGCGACUUUUCGAAAGAAAUUUAUCAAGUUACGAAAACAUCACGAUGCUAUUGCUGCACUUCAGACACGAUUUCCAUCAUUUUCUUAUACGGUUCGGAUUAUAAAAAGAUGGAUUGCAUCACAUUUACUUUCAAGUCAGAUCUCUACUGAGAUGGUUGAAUUAUUAGCAUCUGCUGUAUAUUUAAUUUUAGAAAAGGAUCAAUUACCACCUGCUACUGGUUCUACUGGAUUUCUAAGAUUUUUGAAAUUGAUUAAAGAAUGGAAAUGGAGAGAGAAACCACUUUUGAUACCUCUUCAAAGUUCAAUAGAAGAAGACUUGGAUGGUACUGAUUGGCUUUGGACCAAUACCAAACCUCAUCUUAAUACUGUGAAUCAAAUCCGACCUCACCGAAUUGUUGCUGAUCGAAUUCAAACUUUAGCUUCAGCUUCUUUAUCUGCUAUUGAAUCUAAUCUGAAUCAACCAACCUCAAAUUUUGAUGUACAAACAAUCUUUAAAAGUCCAGCUGAAGAUUAUGACUUUCAUUUAGUUUUGAAUGUAGCUGCUAUGACUCGGAUACAACAGUCUUUACAACUUCAGGUUUAUGAGAAUGUAGACCCACUUGGUCUUGCUAUUGAGAUUGGAGAUGAUCCUAUUUCAGAGUUUGUCAAGGAACUACAGCGACUGCACGGUGAUACCAUCAUGUUCUUUUAUGACACCCUUGGUGGUACAUCUAUAGCUGGAAUUUUCAAUCCACUUCUACUAGUACCGAAAACAAUGAAGACGCAUAAUCAUGACUACCUUACAAAGCCAGUAUCAGAUCAACCUGCGAAGACUAGCGCGUCAUCUAAAGCAUUGGUGGUGAUGGAUACUGAUGCUACAUUGGCUAGUAUCAAGAUGAUUGGAACUGGUAUUAUACAUCAUAUCUUACAAAAAGGAGUCGAUUAUUAG